UCUGUGCUGUUCGGUCAAUGCCGCGAAAAGUAUAACUGUGGCAGACUAGAGAGAUAUGGCUGAGAAAUGCCCAAAGUCAAAACUAAAAAGAAAGAAAUUGUCUAUCGAGGAGCCCCUAACUGAUAUAUUUUCCAGGAACACGCUGAUAAAGAACAACGAAAGUUCCAGUGCAUCGAUUAAAAGCUUGCGUUCAACGAGACCUGUGGUCCCUUCAGAGACGUGGUGGUCCAGCGGUGACCUGGCUGCAGUUGAGAGUCUCUGGGCCCUGACUCUGAGCUCUGCUCUUCCCUGUCUUGACGCUCACCCCUGGGACCCAGUUCCAGACCUUCCAACAGCCUCCACACUGAGCUCUAAUGUAGACCAGCAGAUUGAAUGGAGAUGGUGUAGCGUCAGUGAGGACAUGACUCCCUUGCCCUCCUCUCCUCUGAGUACUCCCACGGCCCCACACUGUUCCACCCCAGACUCUCCUCUCAAUCCUUCUCCUGGGCUGGAAAAGACUCUCCUCCCAGUCCCAGUACAGACUAGUCAGACAACAUCCACCAUCAAUGGCCCUCCUUCGAAGUCUGCUCCCUGUCUCGAGGGGCCCGGAGAGGGACCAGUAGUAGUGGUACUGGCCGCCCCAGACCACCAAGUCUGGGAGCCCAAGUGCCUUCUAGCUACGGAAGGGGAGGCCCAUGGAGUGGAGGGGGAGUGUCAUCCAGAAAGGACACAAAACGAGGGGAAGGAGGGCAAAACACGGCAGCGGCCAGACCACACCCUACAGCCAGGCGACCAGGAGGAGAGAAGGAGAGUCACCCCUCUAUUCCUCAGCUAUUCAUCAGAGCAGGGAACGGAGGAUCAUCAUUACCAGCAGAAGCAAGAAAGGGUGGAGGAGGAGGAGAAGAGGGCGAGAAGAGGGGGAUGAAGAGGCUGCAGCUACCUGCAAACCAGGUGGAUGCCACAUCUUCUACCUCUGACAGCUUCACUGCUGCUCCCAUGGAGGAGGCGGAGGGGGAGAAAAGGGAGGAAGGGUUGUCUGGGAUGGGCAGAGCUGAUUGGAUUGCUGGCAAAGGAGGAGGAGGAAGGGCAAUGCAGAGCUGCCCCAUGUGCCUGGUGCCGUUUCCAGCUGGGUUCACUCAGAUGGACUGUGACAGCCACCUGGCCAAGUGUCUGUCGGAGAUGACCCUCGACAUGACCUGGUGAUAGUCCACAGAGUCUUCUUCUGACACCAAGGAUGGAUGGAGGUCUGGAAGGACAGCCAGCUGGCUGUUGUACCACAUUUGGGUCGUGUUCACUAGGCACAAAACAGAAGAAAAUGGACUGAAUUGGGGAGGUGCUAUCGGAAAUGCUUGUUUUUGCCAUCCGUCACAAAAUGUUUUGCUACAGUGUGCUCUAAUGAGGAGUUAGUUUCACUCUGCUCACCCUGUUGUUUGGCUAGUUGGUCGUGGUGUCCAGUGGUGUCUAUAUCCCCCUGUGAUGGACGGUGGGUGCAGACAACGGUAAAAUACAGUAUGUGAUUCUACUGAUCAUCUAGUCUUCAGUCAUGGGUUUAAUUUGUAGAAUCUUUUGUUACUGUUGGCUGGAGCAAAAACCCGACUUUACCCUUUGUAAGAUUUACUGACUUACUGUCCCACCUCCGCCCCUUCCCACCAACCUAUCAUCAUGCACUACAAGGUUGGAAUCAUAGAGAUGGAUAGAGGGCACACCUGCCACUAAGCAUUUAUGAGGUGUACCACUUCCCAUCGCUAUGGUUGGAAACAAUCUCUGAUGGGUCCCAUAUUGCUUCAUUCAGAUACACAUUUUGUUUUCUCCUCCGCUCCUAACUGCAUAUGCUGCCAUAGAAAUAGAAUGAAUAGAAUGGGCGUCCCCAUUCAAGUCAACAAACGUAUAAUGGGGUGGACUGGUGGCCAAAGCGAGGAGCAAAGCAGGAAGUGUACCCUGUAGUAGUAAGUAGAAGAAAUUGUUGUUUUCACAUGUUGAGAUUACAUUUCACGUGAGGAGAAUAACAUGUUUUUACCUCAAAUGCGAAUUGCAGUUUCACAUAUUACAUUUGUUGUUUCACAUUAAAAUCUCACUUUCACAUGUAAAACAACUCCCCGUGAAAAUCUCACUUUCACAUGUGGAUUUGCAAGUUCACAUGUUAAAAUCUAACUUUCACAUGUGAUUGUUUUUCACAUGUGAAUUUGCAAAUCCACAUGUGAAAGUGAGAUUUUCACAUAAAAGUGUUUCAUAUAUUCAACUGCAAAUUAGAUUUUUACAAUGUGAUUGUUUUUCACAUGUGAAAGUGAGAACGAUCUAAUUUGCAGUUUCACAUGUAAGAAAACUCCACAUUUACUCCAAUGUUUGUUUGCAAAGUAAACGUCAACAACAAAAUCAUUUUUCUAUCAUGGAUGGUCAGCGUCUAUGGAUUUGAGAGUGGUUCCAUUUCUCCAGCCCCAUCCAUCAGCGUUUUACUGAAACUGUCAGAAAGAACACUUUGUUAAUGUUUCAGUUAAGGAUUUCCAAUUUAAACACUUUAUAAUGGAGUAAUGGUCUUACUUCUGUGCCAUUAAUAUCAAACAAAACGUCUGAAGUCGAGAACAAAAUUCUUACUAUUGCAAACAAAAAGAAUGAGCUCAAUAUUAGGAUGGUGUUCCUAAUGUUUAGUAUACUCAGUGUAUAUGUGUGUUUCUGUAAUACUGUAGGCUAUGCAGUGUAUAUGUGUGUUUCUGUAAUACUGUAGGCUAUGCAGUGUAUAUGUGUGUUUCUGUAAUACUGUAGGCUAUGCAGUGUAUUUGUGUUUCUCUAAUACUGUGUAGGCUAUGCAGUGUGUAUGUGUGUAUAUGUGUGUUUCUGUAAUACUGUGUAGGCUAUGCAGGGUAUAUGUGUGUUUCUGUAACACUGUGUAGGCUAUGCAGUGUGUAUAUGUGUGUUUCUGUAAUACUGUGUAGGCUAUGCAGGGUAUAUGUGUGUUUCUGGAAUACCGUGUAGGCUAUGCAGUGUAUUUGUGUGUUUCUGUAAUACUGUGGAGGCUAUGCAGUGUAUAUGUGUGUUUCAUUAAUACAAGUGUAGGCUAUGCAGUGUAUAUGUGUGUUUCUGUAAUACUGUGCAGGCUAUGCAGUGUAUUUGUGUGUUUCUGUAACACCGUGUAGGCUAUGCAGUGUAUAUGUGUGUUUCUGUAACACCGUGUAGGCUAUGCAGUGUAUAUGUGUGUUUCUGUAACACCGUAUAGGCUAUGCAGUGUAUAUUGUAAGUCGCUCUGGAUAAGAGCGUCUGCUAAAUGACUUAAAUGUAAAUGUAAGUAGUUGCCAUGGUAGCCUAAGCAGAGAGCUCCUGUAAAUACUGCCUUCAGAAAGUCUUCACACCCCUUUACCUUUUCCACAUUUUUUGUUACAGCCUGAAUUUAAAAUGGAUUCAAUUGAGAUUUGUUGUCACUGGCCUACACUCAACACCCCAUAAUGUCACAAUACCCCAUAACUGGAAUUCUGUUUGUUUAUUUUAUUUGACAAAUUAAUGAAAAUCUGAAAUGUCUUCAGUCAAUAAUUAUUCAACCCCUUUGUUAUGGCAAGCCUAAAUAAGUUCAAGAGUAAAAAUGUGCUUAACAAGUAACUUAACUUGCAUGGACUCACUUUGUGUGCAAAAAUUGUUUAAUUAGAUUUUUAAAUGACGACCCCAUCUCUGUACCCCACACACACAAAUCAAAUUAAACACUUAUCUGUCAGGUC